GUCGCCCUCAUCCUCGCAUCGCUCUCCCCACACCUCCUCCUCCACAGCAGGCUAGCUAGGGUUUUCCGGGGUUUGCGAGGGGGCGCUCCGGUCCGGCGAGAGGGCGGAGAUGGCGGCGGAGCGGGCGAAGGGGACGGUGAAGUGGUUCAACGGGACCAAGGGGUUCGGCUUCAUCAGCCCCAACGACGGCGGCCAGGACCUCUUCGUCCACCACUCCUCCGUCAAGGCCGACGGCUACCCCAACCUCAAGGACGGCGACGCCGUCGAGUUCACCGUCGGCGCCGACAGCGACGGCCGCGCCAAGGCCAUCGACGUCUCCGCGCCCGGCGGCGGCGCGCUCGCCGGCGGGGAGCGCCCGGACAGCGGCUACGGCGGGCGUGGCGGCGGCGGCUACGGCGGAGGCGGCGACCGCGGCUACGGCGGUGGAGGUGACCGCGGCUACGGAGGAGGCGGCGGCGACCGCGGCUACGGGGGAGGCGGCGGCUACGGCGGCGGCUACGGCGGCGGGGGCGACCGCGGCUACGGCGGCGGUGGGGGAGGCGGCCGCGGCUGCUACAAGUGCGGCGAGGAGGGCCACAUGGCACGGGACUGCUCCAAUGGCGGCGGCGGCGGCUACGGUGGAGGCGGUGGCGGCGGCUACGGCGGAGGCCGCGGCGGCGGGUGCUACAACUGCGGCGAGGAGGGCCACAUCUCCCGCGAGUGCCCCAACAAGAGGCGCUAGGCGCGGCGCCUCCACGUUGGAGCGGUCCGGCUCCAACCUCCUGGCUCUUGCAUCAAGUCAUAGCCAUUUAUCUAUCUAUCAGUAGUAGUAGUCUUUCGUUCCCGUCGAGUCGUCGUUCGCUAGUAGGAAGAACAAGGCGUGUGGAGAAGUGGUGAUGAUGUGGAUCCGUCUGUCUCGGAGUAGCAGUUAAUUUUUCUGUUUUUUGUCAGCUGUAAGGCAGCCAUGAUCAUGGAUGGCACUGCCCGAUCUAUCUAUCUAUCUAUCAAUGGAAUCGAAUGGAGUAGUAAUCUAUGGAACUCAGAUUAUAUGCCUGUUUCCCUUUGUUGUU